AGGCUGCUAUUGUAUACAGCAGAAACAUGGCUGUACUCGGGAGCUACUCGGCCCCUUUACUUGGAAUCAGCAUCUUCAUCGCUACUCUGACCUACAUCACCUACAAGCUGCUCAGCGGUUACCUGCACAAAUGGUUCACGAUGAAGCCUAUUCCUCAGGCCGACGGAACUCAUAUCUUUAUUGGAAAUGCAUUCCAGUUCAAAUACAAUGCCGGAGAUUUCUUUCAGCAAAUUAUGGACUUUACCCGUGACUUCGCGAACGCUCCGCUAUUUAAACUCUGGAUUGGACCAAUCCCAUUUGUGAUCCUGUUUCAUCCUGAAACAGUUGAGACGGUUCUGACCAACGCUGUUCACAUGGAGAAAUCCUAUGCGUACAAAUUCCUCCACCCUUGGCUUGGAACUGGCCUGCUUACUAGCACUGGCCUUAAGUGGCGUCAGCGGCGGAAGAUGUUGACCCCCACCUUCCACUUCUCCAUCCUGACGGACUUCUUGGAAGUGAUGAACGAGCAGGCAGAGAUCCUGGUGCAGAAGCUGGAGAAGCAGGUGGGGAAGGGUCCAUUCGACUGCUUCAGCCACGUAACCCUGUGUGCCCUGGACAUCAUCUGUGAAACUGCAAUGGGGAAAAAAAUUUAUGCCCAAAGUAAUUCUGACUCAGAGUAUGUUAAGUCAGUGUACAAAAUGAGUGACAUUGUCAGCCGCAGACAGAGGUCUCCUUGGUUUUGGCCUGACUUUGUGUACAGCUACUUUGGUGAGGGUCGGAAGCAUGACAAGACCCUCAAGAUCCUGCACUCCUUUACAUACAAAGUGAUCCACGAAAGAAUGGAGAACAUUUCCUAUAAUGAAUCAGACAGCGACUCUGACAAGGGCACGAAGAAAAGACGAGCAUUUCUGGACAUGCUCUUGAAGACCACAUAUGAGGAUGGCAGCAAAAUGAGCCAUCAGGACAUUCAGGAAGAAGUGGACACCUUUAUGUUUGAGGGACAUGAUACUACAGCAGCCUCUAUGAACUGGACCAUACAUCUGCUGGGCUCCCACCCUGAGGCGCACAGGAAAGUUCAACAAGAGCUUCAGGAGGUCUUCGGUACAUCUGACCGGCCCGUAAACACAGAGGACCUGAAGAAGCUCAAAUACCUGGAGUGUGUGAUCAAGGAGGCGCUGCGACUGUUUCCCUCUGUGCCUUUCUUUGCCCGCAGCAUCGGUCAAGACUGCCACAUCAAUGGAUUCAAGGUGCCCAAAGGUGCCAAUGCCAUCAUCAUUACCUACUCUCUCCACCGUGACCCGCGGUACUUCCCAAACCCCGAGGAGUUCCGGCCUGAGCGCUUCCUGCCUGAGAAUUCAGUGGGAAGGCCUCCGUAUGCGUACAUCCCCUUCUCCGCUGGACUCCGCAACUGUAUCGGUCAACGUUUUGCACUUAUGGAAGAAAAGGUGAUCUUGGCGUCCAUUCUGCGUAACUUUAGCGUUGAAGCUUGUCAGACACGUGAAGAGCUGCGGCCGUUAGGAGAGCUCAUCCUGCGACCAGAGAAGGGCAUCGUGAUCAAACUGGAAAAGAGGAAACCCCCAACUUCAUCAAAGUAGCCGGUUCACAGAAGCUAUUUUCUAGAUUUCCCUUCCUUCGUGGCCUUUAUUCACAAAACAUCCUGUCCACCAGCCAAAUGGCUAGUGAAUGCUUACUUUUUUACCAGCCAAUCAAUAGAUAAGGGACUGUUUGUUACUUAUUUAAGGGGCCACCGGAGGAGUUACGAUAUCUUUAGUCAAAAUAGACUUGACCCUCCCUUCGCCAGCGAUACACUUUUCUAUGACCCUCCAAAAUGUUUGGGAAAAGAGGCAUGACCCUCCCCAAUAAUUUAUUGAUAAAUAGGUAAAUAGGUAAAGCUGCCAAAAGCUGAACAUUAUCGAAAACUCCAUUUCUCAGACGAGCGUCAAUUUGGGAGCUUGCAUGCUACCACUCCUUCCUUCUCAAAUGCCUUGAAAAGGCUGUCAUUUGCACAAUUUCUCAAAAAAGGUUGGGUGACCCUCCCCUCAACAAAGAAUAAACAGACAUGACCCUCCCCUAUUU